AUGGCUGAAAGUGGUAGUUCAUCGACAAUUGAAUCGAAGAAUGACAAUGGUGUUGUGUGUAAAUGUCGUCGAUCAGCUAAGAUUGUGAGAGCUUGGACCGAUGAAAACCGAAGAAGGAGGUUCUAUGGCUGUCAAGGUUGUAAGGUUAUGAACGGGUAUGAGUCUUGCAAUUUUUUUCGUUGGUUUGAUGUGGAGAAACCACAUGGGUGGCAAUAUCUAGCCCUCUUGGAAGCAAGAGAUUUGAUUCGGGCACAAAAAGUGGAGAUUGGUAAUCUCAAGAACAAGGUAAGAGCUCUAGCUCGUGAAGCUGGAAGUAUGGUAGAGAAAGUGAUUUAG